AUGUCUAGCAUACCUUUGAAGUUGACCAGUGACAGAUAUGAAGAGAAAGAUGUUAAGAAGGAGGAAACUGUCUCAAAUGGCUCUCUCCGUUGCAUUUUGGAUAGUCCUCUUAACAAAGCUGGCAUUGUAGGGGCAAUAUAUGCUAAAAUUGAUGAAGGAGCAGUUUUGAAGUCAAGAAUCUUGUUACAUGUAAUCGAUUCUGUUGUGUCCGUAUGCAAUACUAUAGUGGAAUUCCUUCAAAAAUCUUCAGUGCGGGCCAAAGAUACUAAUGAAAUUCUUCUUAGUGUUGUUGAGGAACCUAUGAUACGCCAUUUGCCUCCUGUUUCACUUUCUUUGACGGCGUCCAAAGUAAUAAAUGACACCGAGGGUUGA